CCCGGCGAGCCGCAUGGGCAGCCCCUCCCUCCACCUUGUCUGUACUACUUCUUUCCUUUCGUAUCUCCGUCUUCUCUCGUGUUUGUGCAUCCGCGAGACAGUUUACUGGAUUGUCACUCGUGAUCAUCCUGGUGGCUACGGUACACGCACACCCCACUUCCUUCCCUGCUCUGUUUUUGAUUUUUCUUUCCUUUCUUUCUUUAUUUCUUUUUUUACGUGCUUUCUUGAAAAAAAAAAAAAAAAACGGCUCCGCGCUCCUUGAGAUUUUGCUAUGUGAGUGACGAGUGAUCGGACGCCGGUUGGAUGAUGAGGUUUCGUCGGAGGUGUUGCUCAGUGGUGUGGAUUGUGAGACGCAUCCGUUCCGUGUGAUGGCAUACCUUACGGAGUAAUGCUCUCGUGUGCCGUGUUAUGUACGUAUAUCAUUUAAAUGGUAUUUAACGACAGAGGAGGAGUGAGCCGAUUAUAAUCGAGGAUACGCGCAGUGGAAACGGAUCAUCCAAGAGUAUAUUGUCACCCCGCUGGGUCGUUUUUCGAGCCGCAAGAUUUGGAUCGCCUCGAUCGCGCGAUAAUUCAAGGAUAAAGCUGGACGAGAAAAGCGGACGGUUUUACAGUCGGAGAUGAGUUGAGGACUGGAUAUGACGUUGAAAGGACUUACGGCCACGUUGGCCGUUCUUUUGAUGCACUUUAUAGGAUUGUCGAGAGCCGUCAUUACCUCAGGUGGCAAGCCGUUCCCGGGGCUUGAAAACCUGCCCAAGUCUUUCUGGCACGAGCUGAGCUCCCCUUUCACCGAGAUCUACGAGGAGGAGAGCUAUGCCACGGAAACGGGCGCGACUCCUGAGCCAAGGCCUUUCUUCGAGGAUCCUGACAAUAAUGUAACCGUACAGCUCAAUACCCAGGUCUACCUGAACUGUCGGAUACAGAAUCUCGCUUCACCGCAAACGGUUUCGUGGAUGAGGAGACGCGACAACGAGCUCAUUCUGCUCACGAUCGGCAGGCAGACGUACUCGAUGGACUCCCGUUUCUCCCUCGACGCCGAAAUCCCGAAUAACUGGCGGCUGCGGCUUAGUUCGGCAACUGAACGCGACUCUGGUAUCUACGAGUGCCAAGUUAACGUCCACCCUGUCCUAAUAAGGACAGUUCACCUCACCGUGUCCGUGCCGAGGGUGGAAAUAGUGGACGAGCACGGGGCCAAAACAGCCGGUGACAAGUUUUACAAAGCCGGCAGCACGAUUGAGCUCAAGUGCGUGAUAAGCAAAGUAGCCAGUCCCCAGAACAACAACGUACUGUGGAUCCAUGGCACUCGGACUCUCAACUACGACACAGUUCGAGGCGGUAUAAGCGUGAAAACCGACAUGGGCGCCGAGGGGGCGGUCUCGCGGCUGUACAUAGCCAACGCCCACAGAAACGACAGCGGCAACUACAGCUGCACGCUGGUGGAUGUUGCCAGCACCACUGUAUCCGUCCACGUUUUAAACGGUGAGAAUCCAGCGGCUAUGCAGCACGGAGCCAGCCAAGGCUUGAGGUCGACGUUCCUGCUGACGAUGCUGUUGACGCUGUCGUCUGUGCUGAGGUGACCACGAGGCCUCGACGAGCAGUAUCUCACCCUGACCUACUGAAUAAAAACCAACCGCCAUCGACGAAGUACACCAAUCACACGAGCGAAUGAGCCGUACUGUUUCGUGCGCUAGUGCACGGUAGAUCGGGAGCGGAGGGAAUCAACAUUAUUCUCUCGAGGACGUAAAAUUUAGUCGGUUAAUCGUUGUUGCGUCAGUAAAUUUCUGGUCGCGAAAGGUGAGAUGAUCAUUACGAAGACUAAGAGUUCAGAGAGCAUAGGUCCAGUUGGACAAAAAACAAAGAAGCGUCCUGUUUCUCGACGACAGAUUUUUUUAUUGCCAAAUCAGUCUUAAAAGCCUCGUUGAAUAUCUUUUUCGAAAACAAAAUGUUCUUUGCAUUAUUAAAUUUUGCGAAAAGGAUGCACAGCUGCGUUAACGAAGCAGCGUACAGGAAGGAUCAUUGAAAAAUAAAUAUGUAUAUCCAGAGCCCGAGUGAAAAAAUUAAAAAAGUACACGAAGCCCCGCGUGAUAAUGAUACGUAUGGGUAUAGACUCGCGAGAGAGUAUACGCGUGGAAAUGUUACGGCCUCUUUCCCCGAGAGGAAAAUUAAUCUCGAGAGCACAAAGAACACCCACCCAGAUACAGAGAUGUGUCGUUCUUUUGUAAGCAGCGAGUAGCCGCGCAUGAAUUAAUCUUAAAUUUUAACUUUAGCAUAAGGAUAUAAAUAACAUCUUGUACAUACGACGUGGUUGGGGAUAAAAAUGCAUACAUAUACACGUAUAGAUGAGUGAAAAUGAGAGAGAGUGGGGGAAAAACGAGUAUACAGGUGUGCUGCGCGUGGGAAAAAGGCGCUCCUGGUGUUGUAAAUAUAUUACGUAAGCACGUAAGCUCCAGAGUUGCUAGAAAGAAGGUAACUGC